UGCAGCCUGGAAACUGUGCCUUCUACCAGUGAUCUCUCAACAUGUGCCACUCAGGGUGAUGAUGCCACUUGCAGCCUGGAAAAUGUGCCUUCUACCAGUGAUUUCCCAACAUGUGCCACUCAGGGUGAUGAUUCCACUUGCAGCCUGGAAAAUGUGCCUUCUACCAGUGAUUUCCCAACCAGUGAUCUCUCAACAUGUGCCACUCAGGGUGAUGAUGCCACUUGCAGCCUGGAAAAUGUGCCUUCUACCAGUGAUUUCCCAACCAGUGAUCUCUCAACAUAUGCCACUCAGGGUGAUGAUGCCACUUGCAGCCUGGAAAAUGUGCCUUCUACCAGUGAUUUCCCAACAUGUGCCACUCAGGGUGAGGAUGCCACUUGCAGCCUGGAAAAUGUGCCUUCUACCAGUGAUUUCCCAACCAGUGAUCUCUCAACAUGUGCCACUCAGAUGAAGUCAACCAUUAUUGCCUAUGAGGACUACACUGAAACUACUCCAGAUGAGGAUGAAGAUUAUAUUCCUUCCUCUGAAGAAUCCAGUUCUUCGGAAGGUUCUUCUGUUAUGCCGCCACCCAUAAUGAAAAGAAAGGCUAUUCAGAUGAAGUCCUCCAUUCCUGAUUAUCAAGAAUCCAGUUCUUCGGAAGGUUCUUCUGUUAUCAUUAUCAGGAGAGAGGUACUUAACAUGACGGAAACGGAAAUGGACCAGUUGGCUAAUUUCCUAGGACAUGACCUCGUUGUGCACAGAGAAUAUUACAGACUACCAGAGGGAACAUUGCAACUCGCAAAAAUCAGAAAGGUGCUGAUGUCUAUUGAACAAGGCCGACUAAUGGAAUUCAAAGGAAAAAAUCUCGAUGAAAUCGAAAUUCAACCUCACGAGAAAGUUCAGCUGCUAGAUGAGGGAAUGGAGGAUGAAGAACACGAGGACAUUGGUGUCCAACCAGCAGAUGAUGUCGGGUCACUUUCAGAGAUAUCCCUGCAAGAUACAGAUCAGCGGAGACCCAUGUCAUUUCCAGAAGAUGUCCGCUUGCUUUCCAAUGUAUCAUUGGAAGAUACAGCACAGCUGCAGCAUUCAAAAGAUGUCGGGUCACUUCCCGAUGUAUCCUUGCAAGAUACAGAACAGCUGGGACCCAUGUCAUUUCCAAAAGAGAAGCCACGUCACACUUCAAGUCCUAAAGCUCACUUUGUUCCAAAGAGAAAAUGGGAGACGAAGGAAGUGGAAGCAAUAGAAAAGCACUUGAGUACUUUUCUUAAAUCUUUACGUGUCCCAGGAAAACUAGACUGUGUUAGAUGCUUAGAAGCAGAGCCCACAGCUUUAAAAAACAGAAACUGGCAGGCUAUCAAAUUUUUUGUGCAUAAUCGAAUUGUUUCCCUCAAAAGAAAACUGUAAUUCUUGAAUUUCCUGUAAUCAGUUUGGAGUGAAUAAUAGUAGAGAGAAAAAGUAAUGCAGAGAGAAGCCAUUCUAGGCAUCUCAUGAGAGUGUUCGUAACGUAAGCUAUGGGUACAGUUUAUAGCAUAUGAUUUUUUUUUUUCUUUUUAAAUCUAUCAGUUGGUACCCACAACUGAUGUUUUAUCCUACCUCACCUUAAUUGGUUCCCACAAGUGACAUUUUUAUUUUGCCUCAAGUAUUUUGCAGUAGCUGAGUGUAUUCCGUGUCGUCUUAAGUUCCUUUGUAUGGUCUUCACAACGGAUGUUUUAUUCUACCUCAGCUUGCUAUGCAUUGUCCUAUUGAAGUUAUGUGUGUCUGUGUGUAGGACAGAAGUAAUUGUUUCCCUCAAAAGAAAACUGUAAUUCCUGCCA